AUAAAGUUUGGUUGGCGUUUCAUAAUUGGCUCGAAUUUAUAUUGCAAUUGGAGUGAAGUUUUGUUUUACAUAAAAUAAUAUAAAGCUUAAAUUCGAUAAAAUGAAAUAUAAAACAUUAUUAUGCAUUACUGUAAUUCUAACAUACUACAAUAUAGAAGCCCAAAAUCGCGCUAAAGGACUCGAAGAGAAAGUCCAGCAACUGACGGAUAUGACAGCAAAACAUUCAAUAAUACCAUUGAAUUUAAACAAGUUUAAGGAUUAUGUUAAGUCUCCACCGAGGGACUACUCUUUCAUAGUGAUGUUCACAGCUAUGGCACCUUCCCGGCGGUGUACUAUAUGUCAACAUGUCUAUGAUGAAUAUGUGGUCGUAGCCAAUUCAUUCCGCGUCUCACCAUCUUAUAGUGACAAAUUAUUCUUCGGAAUGGUUGACUUUGAUGAAGGUUCAGAUAUCUUCCAGAUGCUACGAUUGAACACAGCCCCAGUGAUUAUGCACUUCCCUGCUAAAGGGAAGCCUAAACCUGCUGAUUCCAUGGACUUUGAAAGAGCAGGUAUACAUGCGGAAGCAAUAAUCAAGUGGAUUCAAGACAGGACUGAUAUUCAGAUUCGUGUUUUCCGUCCACCAAACUACUCGGGUGCUGUUGCGUUUGGGCUGCUCUUCAUAUUACUAGCGGGGUUUUUAUACCUAAGACGUAACAACCUUGAGUUUCUUUACAACAAACAAAUGUGGGCCAUUAUCGCCGUUUUCUUCUGCUUCGCCAUGGUGUCGGGUCAGAUGUGGAAUCAGAUUCGUGGACCACCUUUCUUUCACAGAACUAAGAAUGGGCCGGUUUAUAUUAAUGGAGGUUCCCAUGGCCAGUUUGUGUUGGAGAGCUACAUUGUAGCAAUAUUAAAUGGUGCAGUAGUUGUAGGAAUGAUUUUAAUGAUAGAAGCAGCGGGUGGAGUUAAAGGGACAGUUAUUGCUGCUCUAGAAGGAAAGAGGCGGCGUUUCCAAUCUGUUGUCGGAUUGGUAUUAGUAUGCGUGUUCUUCUCGCUACUCCUCUCUGUAUUUAGAGCUAAAACUCAAGGCUAUCCGUAUAGCUUCCUCUUCAAAUAAAAAAUUGAAUAUUUGAAACACAAAUGUCAUGAGUGCAAUUGAAAGUGUGUGAUGAAAUAUUAUAAUUUUAAUUAAGAAAAUGAAACAACUAUUUAUUUAUGUGUCUAUUUCAUAAACAUUGUAAAUAAAUGUUACAAUAUA